GUUGCGUCAAAUGGCUCAAGAAUAGGCAGUAGAUCCAGGCACACAUUUGUUCACUAUUGCACCCUAACCACGAUACGAUCCUGGUCAUCAACGGAGAGAAUCGAUCCAUCGCGUUGCCUCGAAGCUCCUGCUCGAAUUUAGUUUCUGCCCUCGUGACCCAUGAACUCCUCCCUGCCCACUGACCUCGAGCCAAACGAGCGAUGUUGGUUAUCUUUGCCCUGCUCUCAGCCGUUUGUCUCGCAUUCGGCCAGAAGCUAUGGCUCCUUGGCGAUUCGACAAUGUCGAACCAUCAUGUCUUUGGCUUUGGCAACCAUCUCGUCAUGCUGCUCGACAUUCCCAUCAUCAAUCGCGCCGUACCCGGAACUUCCUAUCGCACUUGGACAGCGAGUGGCGGCUUUGCGAAAGUAGCCAAAGACAUUCAGCCCGGUGACUACGUUCUUCUUGAAUUCGGCAAGAACGAUCCUCAAAGUGCAAAGCAAUCGGGUGACUGCAAUACCGAGGGAAAAUGCGGUGAUAUCCUCACUUACACCCAAUACGCUCGCAAGGCUGUACAGCUUUUCAAGUCCGUCGAAGCCAGAGUGAUCAUCAGCGGACCUGUGCCGGAUGACAUGUACGCCUUUACGCCCAUAUUCGAAUGGACACCCUCGCGCUUUACGACUUUUGCCCAGAACGUUGCUCUGCACGAAGGCGUCAUGUUCAUCAAUCACGAAGCCACAACGGCGGCAUGGCAAAAAGAUGCCGGACGUCACUUUGUCGAUUCUUGCUAUCACGAUCGCGUGCACACCAACGCCAAAGGUGCGCCGUACCUCGCCGGUACAUUCGUAAGAGCUUUGAUCUGCGCCCACAACCCGCUAGCAUUGCGCAUCAAGAUCCCGCAUGAUCGUCUGCCGCCAUACUGCUCGCCCGAUCAAAUUCCUCUGCCUGAUCCGCGCGAAGUAGAUUAAGCAGCGCACAUUGCAUACAAUACUGUCUGCAUCUGGUCAUUUGUUUGAUCCAUUCUUGGGACCAUCGUUGACGAGCGUGGUCGUACUGUAGAGCUUGCCUGUGCACUUGCCAUUGUUCUCCGGAU